CCUCAUGUCCGUCGAACAGAAUACAAAGGCUUCUUGGACUCCAUUGUUCUUCCGUUCCCACCAUAUAAACAGCCACUUCGUUCUCUUCCUUCUACUCUCAUCCAUCCUCACGACAAAGCUGACCCGCCAUCAUUAUUUUACAAUCAGUAUGUCCAUAGAAAAGCGAAUUUCUGCUGCAUCUCCUUCUAGCAUCACACCACAAGUCUGGUUGGAGUCGUUACACAUCCUGUUCUACAUUUCCGGGUGGAUAUCCUGCGAUAGCGAUUUCGACCACCCACCCUCUUUCUUUGUCUUCAAUCAGAACAACGAAUACCCUUCCGACGCUGAAAGGGAAAAGAUGAAGCUAGUCGCAAACAAUGUCCUCCUUGCACUCCAUAGCAUAAAUGUGGAGAUUGGCGCCUCUGGGCAGACUUCGCCUGAACAUCAGGCCAGGCUACGUGGUCGCGGUGACCGUUUAAACCGGAUACGUGACGAAUACGUGGAAGUUUUGGCUCCUAUCAGGGUUCUUCCCCCAGAAAUUUUGGGGGAAAUCUUCCGGUUGGCCGUCGACCUACGAAUUGCCUACCGUGUUACCGAUGUUCCUUGGAAGUUGAGCCACGUUUGCAGAAAGUGGAGAUGCCUUGCCUUGUCCGAUUCACAUCUCUGGGCACGCAUUUACAUUGAUAACGCGAAGACCAGCGCAAACCGAAUAACUCGACCCAUUUUGGACGCGAUGUUGACCCGUUCGGGUAGUCAACAUUUGACUGUGACUUACUCAGAAGCUAGGCACACCGGUCCUUCUGAUCUCUACUUGCUGGAACGGCUAUUGGAGAAUUCAGAACGGUGGAGAGAGGUCAACCUGCACUUUUCCGCUUCCACCAUACAAAGGCUGCAGAUGUUGCGAUAUCGCCUGCCGAAAUUGUCUUCAUUGUUCCUUAAUCCCUUGGACAACAGCACUGGCCUGCCAGUCAUAGAUUUUCUUCGACACUCCCCAUCUUUGGAGUCUCUGACGCUUGACGGGUUUAAAGCCAGUACUCGAUUCAUUAUCGGUGCCGCAAACCUCGUCUAUUUUGAUGAUUCCAGAUUCGGAGACGUUAAAAUCGACGAACUCCAUGCCGAAUAUUUGGGUAUCAUUCGAUGUUCCCCACGUCUACAGAGAUUUCACUCUAUUCAUUGGCCGAACAGUUCCAGUACCUGGCGUGCUCUUUCACCACCGAUACUGCAUACAUCUCUGACGGACAUAUCGACAAGAGACAGUUCAUUUCUACAAAGUCUCACCUUGCCUUCGUUGACGACCGUGGAAGCAUGGCCACUAACCGAGCCUGAGGACGACAAUACGUCCAAUGAUUUCGCGGAAGCGCUAAUUCAGCUGUUGGAGAAAUCAAGGUGUUCUCUUACCAGCCUCACUAUAAAUGACAUCGCAGUCCGCGACGCUGGUCUAUGGGUGAAAAUCUUCAAAUUAUCACCAGGCCUGCGAGAUCUUGAUAUCAACUUCGCUACUCUAUGGAACGACGACUAUCCUCAAAAUUUACAGCGUGUAUUCCACGAAAUGACGGCGGCGGGACCGGGGGGCCACAAUCUCUGCCCAUCUCUCGAACGAUUCAGCUUUGAGCUAGACAUAAAGCUCUUAUGUGAGGAAGUCGAUGUGCUCGUUCAUGGUUUGAAACCUAUGCUUCUGUCCCGGUCGCCCCGGGCAACCACGUCGUCAUCUCUAUCUCAUGUCUUUGUCGAUAUUGGGGUGACUGAGGACGAGCUCGAAAAGUUAGAUGAAAUAUUGUUUUACGUGAGGGACUUGACGGAGCUCUGCGAAAAGAAUUGCGACUGGUCUGUCAAUAUUUGUUGGGACUGAAGCGAAGAAAGGAGCGCAGAAUACCUGAAUGGAUAUAAGGCACUUGGACCAGGUGUUCAAGUUGCGCUAUGUCCUUGACGUAUCUACCUGCUGGGUUUAUGAUGUAGAAUGCUCUCAAUCGCAAUAGGUUAAAUGUGAAACAAUGUCGAUAAAUCGUG